AUGGCUAGCUAUGGAGCAACAACUACAUUUCAUGAUCGAAUUGAUGCUGGUCGUCGAUUAGCUACUCAUAGUGAAUUACAAAGAAUUAAAUUAUUACCACCAAGUGUAAAACGUUCAUAUAUUGUUAUUAGUUUACCACGUGGUGGUACAGUUGUUGGCGAUGAAAUUGCUAAACUACUGGGAAUCACUCAUGAUUUAGUAUUUCCAAGAAAAAUUCCAUUGCCAGGACACUCAGAAGUUGCUAUUGGUGCUGUAUCGGAAUUUGGUGAUGUUAUUUGGAAUGAUGAUGCCAAGCAAUAUGGUCUUUUUAAUCAUCCACGUGUACAACAAAGUAAAAAUCAACAAAUUGUUGAAGCUCAACGACGAAAACAAGUUUAUCGUGGAAGACGCCAACCAAUGAAUGACUUAACUGGAAAAACGGUCAUUUUGGUCGAUGAUGGAUUAGCUACAGGUGCAACAAUGAAAUCAGCCAUAAAUACAUGUAAGCGUUUGAAUGCCACAUCGAUAAUUGUUGCUGUUCCAUGUGGUCCUAAUGAUAUUCUCCAGGAGAUUCGUCCUUUUGUUAAUAAAAUAAUAUGUUUGGCAAUACCCUAUGGUUUUCGUUCUGUUGGACAAUGUUAUUACUCAUUUCCACAAACAACAGACGAAGAAGUUAUUGAAAUCAUGAAAAAAUAUCAAGAUUCAAGUAUUUUUUAUUAA